AUGAGUUGCCUGGGCAGGGCGCUGGCGGCACCGUUGGCGGCAGGGCGCGGCCGCCUUGGAGGUCGUAUGCUGUCCACGUCAUUCAGGGCACAGGUUCGCAUGAGGGGGUCGGUGGUGCAUCACACGGCGGGGCGGAGACUGCUGCGGUCGGUCAAUUCUCACUCGUUCGCGCCGCGGCGGGGCUUUUUCUGCUCUUCGUCGCGACUGAGGGGAUGUUCGAUUCGCGCACUUGCAUCGAAAUCUAAGAGAGAGGGAAGAAGCUCGUCGAAACGCCGCAAAAGUGCACGCAAAGAGGACGACUUGGAAGAUCAGCCUGUCCUGUCCUCGAAUUACGAGGAGUACAUGGCCCCCCCGAGCUACGUAGACAGCCAGCGCGAGAGCGACGCAGCGCACCCUCACGUGCCUGUCCUGCUCCAGGAGGUCCUCGACCACUUCGCCCCCGUGUCGAUGAAGACGUACGUCGACGGCACCCUCGGCGCUGCGGGGCACGCCGUGGCUCUCCUGCGGGCGCACCCGGAGUGCACGACCGUGGUCGGGCUGGACCAAGACCCCACCGCACUGGAGCUAGCGGGCAAGCGGUUCGCGCAGCUCAAACAGGAGAUCGGGCGCCCAGACCUGCAGGUCGAACUCGUGAGAUCGAACUUCCGGGACAUUGGCGCUGUGAUGGAGAGGUUGGGACACGCGGGGAGCGUCGACUGCAUCCUGCUAGACGUCGGCAUGUCCUCGAUGCAGCUCGACUCGCCAACGCGCGGCUUCAGCAUCCUGCGGAACCCGGACGCGCCGCUGGACAUGCGCAUGGACCCCGACGGCGCCCUGACGGCAGCAUUGAUAAUCAACCAGUGGUCGGAGGCGGCGCUGGGCGAGGUGUUCCGCGAGUACGGCGAGGAGCGGCAGUGGCGCGGCUUCGCAGCUCGCAUCGUCGACGCGAGGGAGGAGGCGCCCAUCGCGACCACGGCGGACCUCCUCUCCGCGCUGCGUCUCGACGGCAGCACGGGCAAGUGGCGGGGCGGGCACCCGGCCACCAAGGUCUUCCAGGCCCUGCGCAUCGCCGUGAACGACGAACUGGGCGCGCUCGAGACCGCGCUGCCCGCGGCGAUCGACGCGCUGGCGCCGGGCGGCCGCGUUGGCGUGAUCUCGUUUCAUUCACUCGAGGACAGGCUAGUAAAGCGUAUCAUGCAGCGGGCGGCCGGGAAGGGUCCGCCGUGGGCCAGGGGCGACGGGCCGCUGUGGAGCGCGCGCGGGGCCGGCGAUGGGGUCCGCGCGGCGCGGGGGGGGAGUAAAGGGGGUCUGUUGGAGGCGGAGCUGGAGGCGGCGCGGGACGAGGCGCCGGUCGGGCGGCUGGUGACGCGCAAGGUCGUGGAGGCGACGGCUGCGGAGGUGGAGUUCAAUGCGCGGGCGCGGCCGGCGAAGCUGCGCGUUCUCGAGAAGCUGUGA